AUGCUGGAUACUUUCUGCGGCUCUACUUUCUGGAAUUCCUCGUUGUUGGAUAGCCCGGAGGUGGACCUGCCACUUUGUUUUGAGCAGACUGUUUUGGUGUGGAUUCCCUUGGGCUUCCUUUGGCUCCUGGCCCCUUGGCAGCUUCUCCAUGUAUAUAGCUCCAGGACCAAGAAAUCUUCUAUAACCAAACUCUACCUUGCCAAGCAGGUGAUUGUUGGCUUCCUUCUUAUUCUGGCAGCCAUAGAUCUGGCUCUUGCGCUCACAGAAGACACUGGACGAGCCACGGUUCCUGCUGUUAAAUAUACGAACCCAGUCCUCUACCUGGUCACAUGGGUCCUGGUUUUACUGAUCCAACACAGCAGGCGAUGGUGUGUGCAGAAGGACUCUUGGUACCUGUCCUUAUUCUGGAUUCUCUCAAUACUCUGUGGCACUUUCCAAUUUCAGACUCUGAUCCGGGCACUCUUAAAGGACAGCAGUUCUAAUCUGGCCUACUCCUGCGUGUACUUCAUCUUCUACGCAUUCCAGAUCCUGGUCCUGAUCCUUUCAGCAUUUUCAGAAAAAGAUGACUCAUCAAAAAAUCCUUCAACCACAGCUUCAUUUUUGAGUAGUAUCACCUUUAGUUGGUAUGACAGCACUGUUCUGAAAGGCUUCAGGAAACCUCUGACGCUCAAAGAUGUCUGGGAUAUUGAAGACGAGGCUAAAACAAAUGCACUAGUCAGCAGGUUUGAGAAGUACAUGGCAGAAGAGCUACAGAAGGCCAGGCGGGCGUUCCAGAAACGGCAGAAGAAGAAAUCCAAGCGGAACCCUGGAGCCAGUGUGAAUGGCUUGGACAAGAACCAAAGUCAAAGCCAAGAUGUCCUUGUCCUGGAAGAAACUAAAAAGAAAAAAAAGAAGUCUGAGACCACAAAAGACUUUCCCAAGUCCUGGCUGGUGAAGGCGCUCUUCAAAACUUUCUACGUCAUCCUCCUGAAAUCAUUCCUGCUGAAGGUGGUGUAUGACAUCCUCACGUUUCUGAAUCCUCAGUUGCUGAAGUUGCUGAUCGCCUUUGCAAAUGACCAUGGAAUCUAUCUGUGGACCGGAUAUCUCUAUUCAAUCCUCCUCUUUGUCGUGGCCCUCAUCCAGUCUGUCUGCCUUCAGUAUUACUUUCAGCUGUGCUUUCUGCUGGGCAUGAAAGUGCGGACCACCGUCAUGGCUUCUGUAUAUAAGAAGGCGCUGACUUUAUCCAAUCGGGCCAGGAAGCAGUACACCGUUGGAGAAACAGUGAACCUGAUGUCUGUGGAUGCCCAGAAGCUCAUGGAUGUGACCAACUUCAUCCACCUGCUGUGGUCAAACGUCCUACAGAUUGCCUUGGCCAUCUACUUCCUGUGGGCGGAGUUGGGACCCUCUGUCUUAGCAGGUGUUGGGGUGAUGGUGAUCCUAAUCCCAAUUAAUGGAGUACUCGCCACCAGGAAUAGGGCUAUUCAGGUUAAAAAUAUGAAGAAUAAAGACAGCCGUUUAAAGAUCAUGAAUGAGAUUCUCAGUGGGAUCAAGAUCCUGAAAUAUUUUGCCUGGGAACCUUCAUUCCAAAACCAAGUCCACAAACUUCGGAAGAAAGAGCUCAGGAACCUGCUGAGAUUUGGGCAGUUGCAGUCUGCAAUAAUGUUCCUCUUAUACUUGACUCCGGUGCUGGUGUCUGUGAUCACAUUUUCUGUUUACGUCCUGGUGGAUAGCAGUAACGUUCUGGAUGCACAGAAGGCCUUUACCUCCAUCACCCUCUUCAAUAUCCUGCGCUUCCCCAUGAGCAUGCUUCCCAUGCUAAUAUCCUCCAUGCUGCAGGCCAGUGUUUCCACAGAGCGGCUAGAGAAGUACCUGGGAGGGGAUGACUUGGACACAUCUGCCAUUCGACACGAUUGCAAUUCUGAUAAAGCUGUGCAGUUUUCUGAGGCGUCAUUUACCUGGGACCAUGAUUUGGGUGUCACAAUCCAAGAUGUGAACUUGGACAUUAUGCCAGGCCAGCUGGUGGCUGUGGUGGGCACUGUGGGCUCUGGGAAAUCUUCCUUGAUGUCAGCCAUGCUGGGAGAAAUGGAAAAUGUCCACGGGCACAUCACGGUCAAGGGCUCUGUAGCCUAUGUCCCACAGCAGUCUUGGAUCCAGAAUGGCACCAUAAAGGAAAACAUCCUUUUUGGAUCAGAGUUGGAUGAAAAGAAAUACCAGCAAGUUCUGGAAGCCUGUGCCCUCCUCCCUGACUUGGAAGUGCUGCCUGGAGGAGACAUGGCUGAGAUUGGAGAGAAGGGUAUAAAUCUCAGUGGGGGUCAGAAGCAGCGGAUCAGCCUGGCCAGAGCUACCUAUCAAAAUUCAGACAUCUAUAUUCUGGAUGACCCUCUGUCAGCUGUGGAUGCCCAUGUGGGAAAACAUAUUUUCAACAAGGUCUUGGGUCCCAAUGGCCUAUUGAAAGGCAAGACUCGAAUCUUGGUGACACACAGCAUUCACUUUCUUCCCCAAGUGGAUGAGAUUGUGGUUGUGGGGAAUGGCACCAUCCUGGAGAAGGGAUCCUACAGCACUCUGCUGGCCAAUAAAGGAUUAUUUGCUAAGAAUCUGAAGACAUUUGUGAAACAGACGGGUCCUGAAGAUGAGGCCACAGUCAAUGACGACAGUGAAGACGAUGACUGUGGGCUGGUGCCCAGUGUGGAGGAAAUCUCAGAGGAUGUGGCCUCCUUGUCCAUGAAAAGAGAGAAUGAUCUUCAUCGAACACUGAGCCACAGAUCUAGGUCCAGUAGCAGGCGUCUGAAGUCCCUAAAGGACUCCUUGAAAAUUCGGAAUGCGAAUAUCCUGAAGGAAGAGGAAGAACCAGUGAGAGGACAAAAACUCAUCAAGAAGGAAUUUGUACAAACUGGAAAGGUGAAGUUCUCCAUCUACCUGAAAUACCUACAAGCAAUAGGAUGGUGCUCGAUAGUCUUCAUCCUCUUGGGGUUUGUGAUCUAUUAUGUGGCUUUUAUUGGAUCAAACCUCUGGCUCAGUGCUUGGACCAGCGACUCUAAAAAAUACAACGGCACCAACUAUCCAUCCUCUCAGAGGGACCUGAGAGUUGGCGUCUAUGGAGCUCUGGGAAUAGCACAAGGUUUCUUUGUGUUCAUAGCGAACAUCUGGAGUGUCUAUGGUUGUAACCAUGCAUCAAACAUCCUUCACAAGCAACUGCUGAACAAUAUCCUUCGAGCACCCAUGAGUUUUUUUGACACAACACCCAUAGGUCGGAUAGUGAACAGGUUUGCUGGUGAUAUCUCCACAGUGGAUGACACCCUCCCCAUGUCUUUACGCAGCUGGGUCUUGUGCUUCCUGGGCAUCGUCAGCACCCUGGUCAUGAUCUGCCUAGCCACUCCCAUCUUCGUCAUCGUCAUCAUUCCUCUUGGCAUCAUUUACGUGUCUGUUCAGGUAUUUUAUGUGGCUACUUCCCGCCAGUUGAGGCGACUGGACUCUGUCACCAGGUCCCCGAUCUACUCUCACUUCAGCGAGACUGUGUCAGGCUUGUCUGUGAUCCGCGCCUUUGAGCACCAGCAGCGAUUUCUAAAGCAAAGUGAGGCAGCAAUUGACAACAACCAGAAAUGUGUCUUUUCUUGGAUUACCUCCAACAGGUGGCUUGCAGUUCGUCUGGAGCUGAUCGGGAACCUGAUCGUCUUCUUUGCAUCCUUGAUGAUGGUUAUUUAUAGAAGUAACCUAAAUGGGGACACUGUGGGCUUUGUUCUGUCCAAUGCACUUAAUAUCACACAAACCCUGAACUGGCUAGUGAGGAUGACGUCAGAAAUAGAGACCAACAUUGUGGCUGUUGAGCGAAUAACUGAGUACAUAAACGUGGAAAACGAGGCACCAUGGGUGACUGAUAAGAGGCCUCCAGAAGGUUGGCCCAGCAAAGGGGAGAUCCAGUUUAGCAAUUACGAAGUACGGUAUCGACCUGAGCUGGAUCUGGUACUGAGAGGGAUCACCUGUGACAUUAAGAGCGCGGAGAAGAUCGGCGUGGUGGGCCGGACAGGAGCUGGGAAAUCGUCCCUGACAAACUGCCUCUUCAGAAUCCUAGAGGCCGCAGGAGGCCAGAUCACUAUUGAUGGGGUAGACAUUGCUUCCAUUGGGCUCCACGACCUCCGAGAGAAACUGACCAUCAUCCCCCAGGACCCCAUCCUGUUCUCUGGGAGCCUGAGGAUGAAUCUGGACCCCUUCAACAACUACUCGGAUGAGGAGAUUUGGAAGGCCUUGGAGCUCUCUCACCUCAAAUCUUUCGUGGCUGGCCUGCAAGCUGGGUUGUCCUACGAAGUGACAGAGGGUGGUGACAACCUGAGCAUAGGGCAAAGGCAGCUGCUGUGCCUGGCCAGGGCUCUGCUUCGGAAAUCCAAGAUUCUGAUCAUGGACGAGGCCACUGCUGCGGUGGAUCUAGAGACAGAUCAGCUCAUCCAGACAACCAUCCAGACUGAGUUCUCCCACUGCACAACCAUCACCAUUGCCCACCGGCUGCACACCAUCAUGGACAGUGACAAGGUAAUGGUCCUAGACAGUGGGAAGAUUGUCGAGUAUGACAGCCCUGAAGAACUGCUGAAAAACCCUGGCCCCUUUUAUUUUAUGGCCCAAGAAGCUGGCAUUGAAAACAUGAACAGUACAUCGUUCUGA